AGGAAGUGUUCAUAUGCAGAUUAAUUCUUUACUCAGGGUGGUGAGGCACUGGAACAGGUUGCCCGGAGGAGUUGUGGCUGCCCCAUCCUUGGAGGUGUUCAAGGCUGGGUUGCAUGGAGCCCUCGACAACCCGGUCUAGUGGGUGGCAUCCCUGCCCGUGGCAGGGGGAUUGAGGCAAGCUGAUUUUUGGGGUUCCUUUCAAUCCGAACCAAUCUGUAGUUGUGUGAUAAUGAGCAGGGAGUGAAUUCAGAUUCACAUUCAGAUGUGGAGCACAGGAGAAGGGGUUGGCACCGGGGAGUCUAGCAGGACAAGGCAGGGGGCAGCUUGCUGUGCCGCCCUGAGUGCAGGGGUCCCUUGCAGGAAGGGCGAUGGCUGAUGGUUGUGUGAGCAGCUCUGCUUGAAGCAGCUUACCUAGCACUAAUGUUACCCAGGCACUGCAAAGGAGCAAAGUGCACUGAAGGGAAAGGGAGCAGAGCCUUGGACUUUGUAUUAACUGCAAAACACUGCUGACCAUCAGCUCUGAGUAGCAUUCCUGGCUGGUAAACACCCAGUGCUGUUGGCAUCGUCUGGGCACGGGCAGCCUCAACCCUUCCCAGCUCCACAGCCUGGAGGACAGGGCUGGAGCAGUGCACCCCAAAAACCCCUUCCUGGCAUCCACGUGCUCAUAAUCGGGAGGCUUCAUGCAAAGCCCAAGGCUAAUUCUGCUCCACAUGUUAAUUAAACAUUUACUAGAGGGUAAAUUAAGAGUUAAUUAGGCAUUCGUUGCCCGAGUGCCCACUACCCUGUGCAGCCCUGCCUGACUUUGAACCGGCCCCGUUUUGAGCUGGGUGCGCAGAGAGGUCCCUUCCCACCGAAAAAAUCCUUCGGUUCCCUGGAUACGCUAAUAGCUGCAGAUGUCACCCAGCCGGGCAGGUGGAGUAGGAUCGCAAAGCGCUUGCGGUGAGGGCGGGACACGCUCUGAGCUUUCCGAGCCCCGGGGACGCGGGGCUGGGGACAGCGGCGGGCCAGCCCAGGCGGUGGCUCCGCGCCGCGCCCGCGCAGCCGGGCCCGGCCCCGUUCCCAUGGCAGCAGCCGGGCCUCAGCGAGCGCCGGCCGCGGGAGGCGGCAAGCGCGGCCUGCCCCGGGAGGAUGGAGGACGAGGAGCCGGAGGGGGAGGAGGAGAAGGAGGACUAUGAGGAGAAGGAGAAGGAAGAAGAGGAGCCGGCUCCCUGUCCCCUGACGGAGGAAGACCUCAAGGAGGGCCUCUCUCUCCUCAGUAAGACCGGCAACGGGCUGGCCCACGCCUAUGUGAAGUUUGAAGCCAAAGACAAGGGCCUGACAGACAUCAGCCUCCUCAAACGCUUCAUUCACCUGCGGUAUGUGGAUUUGUCAAAGAACAAGCUGAAAGAUUUGGCCCCACUGAGCAGCCUAACCCAGCUGCUUUGGCUGAAGGUGGAUGGGAAUCUGCUCACCAGUGCCAGCAUGCAGGAGCUGCCCUACCUCCAAGUCAUCAGCUUUGAUCGCAAUCACAUCACGGAUUUUGAGGGCAUUACUCACCCCCUCCUAGCCAGCCUCAGCCUGAAAGAAAAUAAAAUUGAGACAGUGCUGGGCCUGAGUCACGACCAUUUGUUCAGCCUGCAAGUCCUGGAGCUGCGAGGAAACAAGAUAAAGACCACAGCAGGGCUUGGUGUUUCCAAGCUCAAGAAGCUCUACCUGGCCAAGAACACCAUUUGCAGCCUUGAAGGCCUUGAGGAGUUUGAGCAGCUGGAGACUCUGCACCUGCGUGACAAUAAGCUUGAGGCCCUGGAUGGAUUCUCUAAUAGCAUGAAGUGCCUGCAGUACCUCAAUCUACGGAGCAAUGGGAUCAAAAGCUUUCAGGAGGUGGAAAAGCUGCAGGUGCUCCCCAUGCUGCAGGCACUGGUGCUGAUGGACAAUCCAUGUGCCGAAGAACCCAAUUACCGCCUGGAGGUCCUGUCCCGGCUGCCACAGCUGCAACGCCUCGACAAGGAAUCGAUUGAGGAAGAGGAGCGGGAAGAGGCCGAGAACAUCCGUCAGGCAAGGAAGGAAAAAGAAAAGGAAAUGGAAGAAUCUCUUGAGGAUACAGUGGCUGAGUGACCUGUUUUUAACACCUGUUCCCAGAGGCUGUCAAGAUGUAGUGAUGCCUUUCCCCGUUUGUGAGGCUGAGAAAGUGAGAGCUGUAGGUACCAGCUUCACCUCAUUUUACCUCUGGAGAAAAGAGGAGUGCUACUCACCCUGGUCCUGGAAGCUGCCCUGAGGCACUGCAGUGUUUUUGCAGUCACUGCACUGUGUUCUAUUCUCAGUAGACGUGAGAGGGGAAAGGGGACACUUACAGGUUCUGUGGUUUGAUUUGAUUCCCAAAAACCCUGCAAGAUUUUCUGAUUUGAAUAAAAAUGAUUAAUGAGCCUGGA